AUGCAUCCAAUUGCUUUUGCUGUUGUUGAAGUUGAAAACACAGAGACUUGGAGUUGUUUCUUUGACAUAUUCUUUCAAGAUGUUGGUAUUCAAAAAGGUUUAGGGAAUUCCAUUCAUGCUUUGAUACCCAAUGCUGAGCACAUGCAUUGUGUGUGGCAUUUGCACAAUAAUUUCAAGCUUGCAGGCCAUACUGAUCUAACUUUGAAGCAAAGAUUGUGGGCAGCAACUAGGCCAACAACAUUACCUGUAUUUGAGGCUGAAAUAGAGCAGAUAUUGGGCCAAUCUGAGGCAGCAUAUAAGUAG